UCGUUUUUCUUUUUGUUUUAUUGAGUUAAACGGAGAUUUGCUCGACUGAAAUUUUAAAAUAGCCAGGAGAACAGUGGUCAGUGGACAAAGAACAUUCCCGCUAAACAGUAACGUAAUUUUAGACACCACCAAUAGUUGGUUGUUUUAUGUUUUUAGGAUAGUUUGGUGUCCUCGUUUAGCAUGGCAACUCCAUUUAUCUUUAAUCCUUUAAAAAGGUAUUGGUCACUUAUUAAACUCAGAUUUGCCAGCCUCUUUAGUUUCUUUACUAGAAAGAUGUGGCUAGAAUAUAAAAAUCCAGAAAGUUCUUCAAGGGAAAACAACACACUUGAAAGUAGUCGCCAUAAAUUUAGUUCCUCUCAAGGAAUAAAUGGCUCGGAUUCCAAUGCAUCAGCCCUGUCCAAAGAAGUUCUCAAAGACCCAUCUUUGAAGAUGGAGAAAGAGUUCAUAGUCCUACAUUGGAAGAUGGAGGAGGAUCUCACGGGCCCACCUGCUGAUACCAAUGAUGCCCACCUGAGAGAAGAAAAGAGACCUGCACUUGAGGCUAUGGAUCCUGAACGACAAAAACGAAGAGAGGAGAUCCAGAAGGCAAUGGGUUUUAUCCAGUCAUCAUUGCCUUUCCCAGAACCAGAGAGUUAUGAGGCGUUUUUGACCCAGUUGGUGUGCAACUUGCUGGACGAGGGUAAUUCCUGUUUCCGAGAUGGAGACUGGCGCCAAGCAACACAGCAGUAUGGAGAAGGGAUCAGCGUUGCCCGCUAUGCGCAGGCAGAGGCCCUCGUCAUACCCCAAGAACUGCUGGAGAGCCUCUACGUUAACAGGGCUGCUGCCUACUACCAGAUGAGGGAGUAUGAGCGUGGCGUUCAGGACUGCGACAGCGCACUUUGUGUGUCAGAGGGCAGCCGCAGGGCUUUGUUCCGCAAAGCUGUCUGUCUGAGGGAGUUGGGACGACUCAGAGAAGCUUACGAAUGUGGGACUAAAUGUCUACUCACAGCACCACAUGACAGGCAAGUGAGUGACCUGGCCCAGGAUCUAGCUAACAAACUGGGCUUGAAGGUGCGCAAAGCCUAUGUCAGCCCACAGACAGAGUCCACUUCCACCGAAGGGGAGAGUCAUGGGGAAACUUCCCCACCCACUGGAGAAAUGUCUUCCAACGGACUGGAGUCUCUGGGUGACAUCGGACCAGGUGACCUGUCCAGUGCGCAAUGCAUCCCUGCUCCCCUGGCCACACCCAUCCCAGUCAGCGAUGACCCAGCAACCACUGUGGUAACCUCAUGCUCUGAGCUGUCGGAGAGCCCUAGCCAGGCUCUAUCUCCCAUGCAGUUCUCCGUUCCUGUGUCGGAGCACAUGGAGGAAUGCAACAGCAGCAUUAUGAAGAAUGAGCUGGACAGCAUUUUGGAGUGUAUCCCCAAGAAAGUCAGUGAGAGCCCAGUUCAGGGUGCUAUCCCCACAAACCUUCCAAACACGGCUGUCGGUCUCCGGCCUCCAUACUCACCCAGCCUUCCAGCCCCAUCAACCCAACUUUCCCAAGCAUUCUUCAGCUCUUCCAUCAGUGAAAUGCCUCCUCUGGAGCCGUACUCAUCAAUGCAUGACCAGGGCUCCACCCAGGCGCAGGACGCACUGGGAAGUUUUUCUACAGGAGGCUCGGAUGGAGAAGGGAAGGGAGUCACCGCUGGCGGGCUUGACUCAUUGUUGGAGUACACUCUGCCUGGGGGACGCGCGUGUCACAGCUUCAUCCCUGGAAUGCGUAACCACAGUAAUGCACAUGCAAAUGGACCAGCAGGAACAAACCUCUCUCUGCUGUCCAGAAAUCCUCUGGCAGCUACACAUGAGUUUCGGCAGGCUUGUCAUGCCUGUUAUAGCCGAAUAGGUCCACGAGUCAUGGACUACAAGUAUCAGCCAGAAGCAGCCCACCGCUGCAAGAGAGAUGUGCUGCUGUGUCGUCUUAAAAACACAGAUGACCCCACCUGGAAGAGGAUUCGUCCCAGGCCUGCAAGGAAUAACUUCCUGGGGGCCUUUGUACUCUGCAAAGAGGUACAGGAGCGUCAGGAGUGCCAGUAUGGGGAGAACUGUACGUUUGCUUACUGCCAGGAGGAGAUUGAUGUGUGGACGCAGGAGAGAAAGGGUGCGCUGAGCCGAGAGUUGCUGUUUGAUCCACUGGGCAGCACAGAGAGACGGGCGCUCAGCGUCACCAGACUGCUGCAGCUCCACAUGGGCAUGUUUAUGUUCCUCUGUGAGGAAUGCUUUGACAGUAAACCUCGCAUCAUCAGCAAGCGAAGCAAAGAAAAUUUAGCUGUUUGCUCAAACCUUACAGCCCGACACCCGUUUGAUGAUAACAAGUGCCUGGUCCACGUGGUGAGGUCUGCCAAUGUGCGUUACAGUAAGAUACGACCCCUGCACCCUCUCUGCCAGUUUGAUGUUUGUCGCCACGAGGUUCGCUACGGCUGCCAGCGUGAGGACAGCUGCUCAUUCGCACACUCUGUCAUAGAGCUCAAAUGCUGGGUUCUGCAGCAGGACACUGGCAUCACCCAUGAGGAGAUGGUGCAGGAAUCCAAGAGACACUGGCAAAGGCUGGAGCAGAAUUCACAGAAGCAGCAGAAGCCUAUCCAUAUUCCCCAUCCGAGCAGCAGCGUACCUGCUGGAGGGCUUGGAGGAAUUGGAGGUAUGGUCAGCGGAGCAGGUGGAGAUGGCAUAGGAGCAGGUGGUGUGACUCCUGUGGGGGGUUUUGGAGUUGGAGGAGGAAGGGGCCGCCCCCUAAACUUAAAAAUGAAGUUCGUCUGUGGUCAGUGCUGGAGAGAAGGUCAGGUUAACGAGCCUGAUAAGAACCUUAAGUACUGCACAGCCAAAGCUCGGCAUAGCUGGACAAAGGAGCGCAGGGUCUUGCUGGUGAAAUCGUUUGAGAAGAAGAAGUGGGUUGUUGUUCGGCCUCUUCCUUUCUCCCGCUCCUAUCCACAGCAAUAUGAUAUGUGUGUCCACGUGAUGAAGCAGAAGAAGUGCCACUAUAUUGGAAACUGCUCCUUUGCUCACAGUCUUGAGGAGAGGGACGUCUGGACGUACAUGAAGAACAACAACUUGAGAGACAUGCAACAGAUGUAUGAACUUUGGCUACAGCUGACCAAUCAGAGCAGACGGCCAGAUAACUCAGCUGUGACUCCUCCCCCAGAUGAUAAGCAGGUUACCAUAACAGCAGAUUACACGGAAGGCCUGGGAGGUCGGCAUUUAUCGGAUGGCGAUGACCUCUAAGUGUUGCUGUGUUACCUAAAGGCAGCUGAUCGGCGCUGAGCUGCAGACAGUCGGGCCUGCAACACCAGCCACAACUGAUCAGUCAGUCAUCUUGCCAGUCUGAUGACCUCUAACAUCUAGUCAAUGAGACAGCAGAUGGACACAAAAGAUGUUGACUCCCCCACCAACUUCACACAUGUAUGCACACAAACAUUUACAUGACACACAACAA